AUGAGUGGUUCCCUUCUGCGGAUAAAUUGCCUCAAUUUGAAUAAACUACAAAACAUAUACUUUAUCAAGAAAAAAAAGUUUUCACUUAUCGGAAACACCAAUAUAUGUGUGAAGCUUGGAGGAAAGAAUUUAACUUGCCAACAAGUGAAUAUAACCAAAAUAGUUAAACCAGAAGCUCCUUUUGACAUAAAAGUCAUCUAUCGUGAGGAAGCCAAUGACUUUGUGGUGACUUUUCAUACAUCACACUUGAAGAAAAAGUAUGUAAAACAAUUAAUGCAUGACAUAGCCUACCGCCAGGAAAAAGAUAAAAAGGAUUGGAUGCACGUGAAUUUAACCAAUACAAGGCUGACCCUCCUGCAGAGGAAACUGCAACCUGAAGCAAUGUAUGAGAUUAAAGUCCGAUCCAUCCCGUAUAGUGAAUAUUAUGAAGGAUUCUGGAGUGAAUGGAGUCCAAGUUCCCACUUCAGAACUCCAGCAGUCAACCAUGCAGGAUCCUGAUGCUCUAGGAACACCAUGGGGACAGCCACAUCCCAGCAUGCAGGCAAUAAGUGAAGCCUGGUAUUCUAGCAUCCCCCAAGCCUACCUGGGACUUGCUCCCUCUCCUUGAGUUUACCUCGCAGUGCAGCAAAAUGAGGGCUCCAUCUUAUAAGUGCUUGUCAACAUUGCAGGCUGUUCUCUGUGACCCCUUUUUCCCUCUCCCUCCUCAGUUCAGGAGCUCUUCAUCAUGUAUGUGAACACACACAUGCACUGGCACGGGAUGUCUUGCCUCAAACACAGUUGUUCUAAACUUCCUUUUCUCCAGAGUGUGUGGGUUCUGAACUUGAAAUCCAUGAAUUUAAAUUGCUUUCUAAUAUGAACAUAUCAGAAAGCUGUGGAUACCUGGUUGGAGAAGACCGUGGUGUAAAAGUUAAUGCGAAGAGGGGAACACAUGGCACAAUAUCUUAUAAUAUCGCUAGUCAUAUUUGUUAUGCUCUUGAUGAAAAAUCAGGCAGUAAAGAAACUUACAUGCAUUAAAUCCCUGUGUGAUGGACACUGAGCCAUGUACUUUAAUUGCAGAAUAUCCGGCCAAAUUA